AUGUCGGUCGACACAGAGCCCCGCGCCCCUCGCGCAAAUAACACUCAGUCUUCUCCCACCUUCCGCCAAACCGGCUUCGCUGUGCCGACUGCCUCGGCCCCCGCAACCAAUGAUGUCAACGCCGUUGCUGUCGCUCAGCAUGUCCUCUCGCCAAAGAUGCGUACCUCCAACGCCAGUCUCAACGCAGCACUGCAGGGCAAGGCUAUGGUCUUGUCCAAGUCUGGGAUUCCCCAAGACGAAGACUCAGACAUGACAGAGGCAUCCCAAUUGCCGCUGCCCAUCCCUGGCUCCUUUGGCAAGCUCGAGCCCGUGGCCAUGAGCUCGCACGUCUCGCGUUCUCCCAACGACCUUCCAACGCCUCCGGAUGCUCCUGCUGCCGCACCUCACAAGGUUUCACAAUCCCCUCACAGUGCGACGGUGCGACUUCCUUCGCUCAACUCGAGCAUGCUCUCUCCACGAUACUCCACGCUGCAAGGCUCGAGCAUCUCGAGUGGUCCCACUUCCAUCACAUCCAGCAACUUCUCUCCCAGCAGGAGCACCGAUCCUCAUCUCUACUCGAUCUCGGCUGGCAGAAAGUACAGCUACACCAGCUUCAACAAACCUUCGCUCAGCACCUCGUUCAAGACCUCGGCUAUGCGUAUGCGCGGACCGGCACUGGAUGACGACGAAGACGAGGAGGACGACAGCUUUGGUAGGCCAGUGUUGCGAUAUGCGCGAGGCUCCACAGCAGCCACAGACAGGGCAACCGCUGAACCCGGCAUCGAACUGGACGGCGAUGAGGUCUUCUCCUUUUCGAGUCCCUGCUUCGGUCCCAAGGAAUUGUCCGAUGACAGCGUGCCUUCGCCCGAGCUUCACGAGGCCAUGCCUCCUUCUCAGGCUGCGGCCAACCCGAACGCCAUCAUGAGCCCAAGCUGGGCCACCGCCUCGCUCGGCAAGCUGUCCUUGAACAGCAACGAGGCGAGAGGAUCUCCUGGUUCGGCUAGCGCACGCAGGCCGUCACGCUCGCAACACCACCACAGCAGUGGAGCUCUGUCGUCUUCAGCCGACGUAGCAGCUGCUGCCAUGAAGCAGCGCCGAUAUUCGCACAACAAGCACACACGUCCUGCGUUUGCCUCACCUGGUCCUAGCAGCUACACAUACUCAUCCAGCUUCGGCCGCGACCAUCCUUACGCACGCACGCCUACCUCCUCCAGCUUGACACCCAGCCAUCGCAAGCAGUCGAGGUCAAGGUCGAGGUCCAGGUACGACGAGAGACCUGCUCGAAGUGGCACGGCGGUGGACGACGACGAGACGGACGAGGAGAUGCGCAUGGACGACGACGACGCUACGGAGGACGAAGCCGACUAUGCCUACAGCGCAUCCUACCAGGCUCGCGUGCGCCAGGGCCUUGCACAGAGAGGCGAUGCGGCUCUCGGCAGCACUCCGUCGAGCUUCGGUGCGAAUGCCUCCAACUUGGGUCUCACUUUCCAUAUGAGCCCGGGCAACCAUUCCACACUCGGUAAGGGGCAUCCGCUGGAUGCAAGUCGAUCACCCGUCAUGUCCAAUGCCAACGUUGCCGUCAGCUUGAGCCGCCAGUACAGCUCGGAUCGACAUGCAGCAGCUGCAGGCGGCCUCGCACCGCUCCGACACCACCCGUAUGCCACCAGUCCAUCCGCCACAACGGGCCCGCUGAGCGCCUCUAUGGGUUUGGCCUACUCUCCUGGCUCCAAUGCGCCCCUCAAUCGACCGGCUCACCGCAGAGGAAGCAGUCUGAACAACGGACUGGCUGCCCCGGCCUAUUCCGCAGGCACCCUGUCAACGUCACCUCGAUUCGGCAACGCAGCUGCUUCGGGUCGCAGCCCAGAGGAUGCAGGCGCUGAUCGUCUCAGCCAAUCACCGUACGGAGUCAGCUCUGGCUCUCCAUAUGCAGCGGGCGCUCGCGGUCUGAACGGGACGGGAGGCUACUACGGACCCGCUCAAGGCGGCGCCUACAGCCAGUCGCCGCGCUACUCGCAGAGCUACGGUGCUCGCAAGGAGUCGGGCGGAUACGCUUCCACCCUCGCAUCGCACUUUGAAGGCCACGAGCGAUCCGACAGCAUGGCAAGCGAGGCGACCGAGGUGGGCGACGCAUCCAACGCCUCCAUUCCUUCGAUCCGCAAGUCCUCAUUCGGCAAAGCAGGCGCGGUGCGCUCGACGAGCAACACAGCCGCCACAGGCAACACCGAGGAGACACAACAGGUCGCUGCCAUCCGCGACCGUCUCGGUGGCGCCGCCAGCUGCUCGGCCUUCAUCUCCAAACUCUGGCACCUCAUGAUCAACCCGGAGCAGUACAGCAAGUACAUCCGAUGGGACGAAGCCGGCACCUCCAUCAUCCUCUCUUCGGAACCGGACAUCGCCAACGAGUUUGCUGCCGACGUCUUGCCUCGUCUGUUCAAGCACGGUAACAACGCGAGUUUCAUCCGUCAGCUCAACCUGUACGGCUUCCAGCGCAUUCCUUCGUCCCGAUUGCUGGAUGCGGCCGAGAUGAAGGUCGCCGCCGCCAAGAGGGCCGAGAUGGGCAAUGGCGGCAGUUCGACAUUGAACACGGCGGUGCAGCUGUAUGGCGCGCACAGCAGCUUCGCUCAUCCGAGGUUCCUGCGGGGCAGAGAGGAGUUGUUGCCUACCAUGAAGCCGAGGAGCUCCAAGAAGCCCAAGAAGGCCGGGGCGAGGGCCGAGGCCGGCGCAGGAGGCGACGAGACGGAUGAGGAGGACUUUGCGCUGAGUUGA